AUGGAUGCAAAAUUAUCUCGCUAUGCCACUUCUAUUUCUGUUCAAACAGGUAGACAAGAAAUCAUCUCUGAUUUGUUACUUAUGGUAAGGGAGCUAUUGAAAACCUUCUACCAGACAUGUGGAAGGAAGCCAGAACGUAUUAUAUUCUAUCGAAAUAGUGUCUCAGAGAGCAAAUUUGAACUAGUGUUAUAUUCUGAAAUCGACGCAGUAAGAGAAGAUAGGUCAAGAAACUGUCCAGUUGGUACGCUUGUUGAAUCAACAAUAACGCAUCCUUUUGAAUUCGACUUUUAUCUUCAGAGUUACGCUGGAACACAAGGAACUUCAUAUCCUACACAUUAUUACGUAUUGUAUGAUGAAAACCGAUUCAAUGCUGAUUUACUUCAAUCCUUAUCAUACAACUUGUACUAUUCAAAUAUGCGAUGUACAUGUGCAGUUUCUGUUGUCCCACCAGUGCAUUAUGCACAUUUAUUUGGUUCUAGGGUCGGUUUAUAUUCUCAAGGUAAAAAUUAG